AUAUUGAUAAAAAUUUCAGUAAUUAUUAGUGAUUGUUUAUUUUUAAUAGAGUUUAAUUAUUAUCAGUGUAGUGAAAAAUUAAUCAUUGAAUGAUUAUUAUUGAUUAAAAUGUAUUGUGUUCCUAUUUGGCUUAAUAAAAUUCAAGACAAGGAGAAAAGUCCACAAUGUAUUUACAGUUUGUGUUAUAAUAUUGAUGGGUCACAAUUACUUGUUACUGCAGCUCAAGAUAUUCUUGUUUACAGAUCUAUUGAUGGAUACCUUUUACGAACUUUGAAAGGCCAUAAAGAAAAUAUUUUUUGUUUAACAAAUUCUUCAAAUGGUCAUUUCUUUGCUUCUGGAGCUGCGGAUAAAUUAGUUAUUCUUUGGACUUCUAAAUUUGAGCCGCUAGGAAAGUACAAUCAUAAUGAUGGUGUUCAAUGUAUGGCUUUUAAUCCAGUUAAUCACAAUGUGUUAAGCUGUAGUUCAUUCGAAUUUGGACUGUAUUAUCUAGAACAAAAAUCUGUUCAAAAGUUCAAAACUUCACAUGGAAUUAACACAUGUGCUUGGUCUUCUGAUGGCCAAUCAUUUGCAUUAGGGUUUGAUAAUGGUAAUAUUUCUAUUUGUAAUAAUAUUGGAGAAGAGUUUGCCAGUGUUGAAGUUGAAAAUGGGCAUUCAGUAUGGGCUCUUACUUGGUUACUUCCCAGAAACUAUGAAGGGGAAGAAGAAGAAAUAUUGUGUGUUACUGAUUGGGGGAAACAUUUAUCGUUUUACAAAAAUGAUGGAACUGAAAUAUCAAAGAAAAAAAAAAUAGAAUUAGAAGCAUUAACCAUAAGAACAUUAUGCAAUGAUUUAUAUUUAUUAAUUGGUGGGUGCAAGGGAAAAUGUUUUAUCUAUUCUAGUGAUGGAAUUAAACUUACAGAGUUAGAAAAUAAUCAAAGUUGGAUUUGGAGUUCAGUAGUACACCCGAGUUCAACAUAUUUGGCUAUAGGUUGCCAAGAUGGAACAUUAGCUUAUUAUAAAAUUGAAUUUAGUGUAAUACAUGGACUUUAUCAAGAAAAAUAUGCGUUCAGGGAAAAUAUGACUGAUGUGGUUAUUCAAGAUUUAAUAUCCAAUAAAAAAGUUAAAAUAAAAUGCAGAGAUUUAGUGCAAAAAAUUGCAAUCUAUAAAAAUCUUUUAGCGGUGCAAUUAUCUAUGAAAAUUAUAACCUAUGAACUAUCUUCUAUUCAAGCUCCUGAAAUGCAUUAUAGGGUUAAGGAAAAAAUGAAUGAAAAUACUAUGUGUAAUUUACUUGUUGUUUGUUCUAAUAAUUUAGUAUUAUGUGAUGAAACAAGGCUACAAUGUCUAUCACUUACUGGGGCUUUUAUUCGGGAGUGGAAUGUAGACUCUGUUGUCAAAUACUUAAAAGUCAUAGGCGGAUUUGCUGAAAAGGAACAAAUUCUUGUUGGUUUAGACAAUGGACAAGUUUUAAUGUUAAAAAUAAAUAGUUCUAAAGUAAACUUACUAUUUGAUGUAACAAAAAGUGUACGAUGUCUUGAUGUAAAUAUAUCAAUGGAUAAAAUUACUGUUGUUGAUAGUGAAAAUAAAUGUUCGUUUUUUGAUAUACGUUCUAAAAAGUUAUUACAUCAGGAAUUAGAAAUCACAAGUGUUUCUUGGAAUUCCAAAUUUCCUGACAUGGUGUGUUUUUCUGGAAGAAAUAUAUUUAACAUAAAAGUGAAUAAUUUUCCAGCAUAUCAGCAAAGAAUUAAUGGACAAAUAAUAGGUAUGUAUGGAUCAAAAAUCUUUGCUCUUAAUGAAUCAUUUGUGUCUGUUGUUGAAGUUGCUCUCUCUGUACCACUUUAUCAAUAUUUAGAAAAGAAGCUAUUUAGUCAGUCAUAUCGAAUAGCAUGCCUGAAUGUUACUGAUUCAGAUUGGAAAAUAUUAGCUCGAGAGUCUUUGGAUAAUUUUAAUUUUCAAAUAGCUAAAAAAGCAUUUGCACAUAUUAAAGAAAUUAAAUAUAUUGAUCUUAUAACACAAUAUGAAGAUAUGGGGUCAUAUAAUGAUAAAGAUAAGUAUUGUCUUUUAGCUGAUAUUUUAGCUUACGAAGGAAAGUUUAAAGAAGCUGCUAGAAUUUAUCAAAAAUGGGGAUAUGAGCACAAAGCAUUUACUAUGUUUACAGAUUUAAGAAUGUUUGAUAUGGCUCAAGAAUUUAUUAGUAUUAACUCUUCAAAAGAAAGCUUUGACUUGACAAUUAAACGAGCUGAAUGGGCUAUGAGCAUAGAAGAGUAUAAAGUAGCUGCAGAGCUCUAUAUUUCCGCAGAAGAAUAUGUUCGAGCUAUUGAUAUCAUGGUACAAAAUUGUUGGACAGAAAUGUUACUACAAUUGGGAAGACAAAUUGAUAAAGCUGAAGAAACUAUCUUAGGUAGAAUUGGUGAUGAGCUACGUAAAUUAGGUGAUGUUGAUAGUGCAGCAGAAAUGUAUUCAAAAAUGGGUAAAGGAGCAGGACCUGAUAUGGUGACUCUACAAGUAGAAGCUCACAAUUGGGAUCAAGCAUUUUUAUUGGCAGAAAAAAAUCCUAAUUAUGCUCCUCUUGUAUAUUUACCAUAUGCUGAAUGGCUAGCUGAAAAUGAUAAAUUUAUAGAUGCACAGAAAGCAUUCUUAAAAGGAGGUCAACCUGAAAGAGCAUUUAAAGUAUUAGAAAUUUUAACUGAAAAUGCUGUUGAUGAACUCAGAUUUCAUGAUGCAAGUUACUAUUAUUGGUUACUAAGUCGACAAUGUUUGAAUAUAGCAUCAAAUAGUGAAGAAAAUGUUAAUGAUAUUAUAAAUAAUUUUUGUUUGUAUGACAAGUAUGCUACUAUAUACUAUGCAUAUAAUAUCAUUCAUCGAUACAUGGAAGAUCCUUUCAUGUCUUACCAACCAGAGACAUUAUUUAAUACAUCAUGUUUUCUCAUGAAUGAAACAAAAGAAAUAAAGCCAAAAGGAGUUUCAAAAUUUGCCAUUUUAUACACUUUAUCAAAACAAGCUUUAAAUAUGCAAGCCUAUAAAUUAGCUAGACAUACUUUAAAUGAAUUAAAGAAGUUAAGAAUACCAAAAAAAUUUCAAAAUUUUGUGGAACUUGCUACACUUAGUAUUCGAGCAAAACCAUUUCAUGACAAUGAAAUCUUAUUAUUAAUGUGCUAUAGGUGUUUAACAUAUAAUCCACCUGGAAUAGAAAAUUGUGUGACGUGUAAACAUAAGUUCAUAUUUUCUAACAUUAAAUUUGAUGUAUUGCCACUUAUUGAGUUUAAAAUAGAAGAUAAUAUAUCAGAUACAGAAGCUGUAAAAUUAAUACAAAGUUUUUAUUCUUCUAUGAAUGAUCAAGAACAAGAAUCACAGAUUGUUAAUAAUUAUAUUUUAAAUGAGGGAGAACAUGAUACUUCCAUUGAUCCAUUUACAUAUAAACUUAUGAGUUUUGAGAAAGAAGAUACUGCCCAUCAUUCAGUUGUUGUGAAUAAAGCAACAUUAGAAUCACUGGAUAUUAAUAGUGUAGUUGUAUGUAAAUGGCCAAAACCUUUAAAAUUUAAAUAUUAUAAGAACCUUUUACCUGGAUUUUCAGUUACAAGUUGUGAAAGUUGUUUUAAGAUGUUUCAUUCUGAUGAGUAUGAAAUUGAAGUAUUACGACUAGGACAUUGUCCAUUUUGUAGAACUCCUGAUCUGAGAGUAUUAGAAAAAAAAUAAUAUAAAAUUUAUAAUUAUGGUUAUUAUAUCAAUUUUAUAAAAAAAGCUAUUUUGAGGAUAACAAUUAAUAAAAUAAGUAGCAAGUCAUAUUUUAUAUAGUGUAAAAACUUCAAAGAUAGUUAAUGUAAUUUUCUUUUUAAUUUUUUAUUAGCCAAUUUAUAUUUUUUAUACAUGUAGGGUGUCCUACCAGGUUUUAAAAUCAUUAAUAACUAUUGAUCCAGUGAAUAUUGUAUUAUUUUCAAAAAAAAUUAUUUUUGUAGUUUUGGACUACAUUAAAAGCAUAUUUUUUAUUAUGUGUCUUAAAUUAAAAUUUUUGUUUUUCAAUUUUAUCAAAAUUUACAAAAAGUUAUGAUAAUAAUUUUAAAACAAAUAAUUAUUGAAUUAAAAGUAUUUUAAUAAAAGUGGGUAGUAUUUUACAUAUAUAUCAGUACGAGCUGUACCCACCGGUGCUAUUUAAUUACUCUAUU